CAAAGAUUUAACAAAGUUCUGUAAAUAACAGUAAAUCUAAGUGUUGACAACAUGGCAGAUCCAAGUUCUUGGCAUUCACAAAACAUGUCUGAUAAGUCAGCAGUGAUAGAUCUUGGAGAACUAGAGAAUGAACCAGACAUUGAUGCUGCAUCAGAACCUGGGCCAACAUCUAAAAAGAGCUUUGGAGAUGACAUGAGACAGAGAUUGACUGGAAAUGUCACAGAAAUGUUAUGGAAUUCUGGUAAGACACAAGCUAAGAAAGCCUGGAGUCUGUACGGUAAUAUAGACAUUCUAAGACCUUACUUUGAUGUAGAACCACAUGAAGUUAGGCAAAGAUUACUAUUCUCAUUGCUACCACAGAAACCCUCAGAUCAGAAACAGAGGGUUCCCAGAGAGCUAUAUGGUCCUUUAAUGGUUGUUUUUACAAUGAUAGCUUUAUUGUUGUUUCAAAUGAAAACAGCUGAACAUAAAGUUGAGGAAGGAACAUUGAUGGGUACAGCUUUUGGUGUGUGUUUUACCUACUGGAUUGGUGGUGCUGUGUUUGUGUGGGUGUUAUCUUAUAUAUCUAAUGUUCACAUUGCACUUUUACAGAUUAUGUCUAUGAUGGGAUAUGGAUUGUUUGGACCUUGUAUUGUAUUAUUUCUCAGCACUAUCAUUCACACAUCACAUGAUCAUUUAUUUUUCUAUUCGAUGUGGGCAAUAUUUGGAGGUUUAUCUUCCCUUAGAAUGAUAUCUAUAAUAUUAUCAAGGACACAAGGAAAAUCACAGAGAUUAUUAGUGUGUGGUGUCUUAGCAGCUUUACAUCUUUUGUUUCUUAUUUAUCUACAUUUUGCAUAUCAUCAAAUUGUUGAAGAAUUAUCUGAAGUUUUUGACAGUAAACCAGUUGUACAACAGCCACAGGCAAAACUUGACGAUAUUUCUGCCACAAAAGUUACAGAAAGCGUCAAGUCAGUAGUUGAGCAUGCACAAAAUAUUGUAAAGCGGGCAGUUAAUGAUACACUAGGCAACACUAGACUGGGUACUAACAACACGCAUGCAGUCAAAGCAUAAAAAUCAUUGGUUGCUGUUUUCAAACUUUGAAAUCCAACUAGAGGUGCCACAGUUGGUCCAACCUGAGUUGUAAUUUUUCUCUGGAAUUGUGGGAUUUACUGGUAAAUUUGACUUACCAAGAAAGCAGACUAUUAUUAAUCACAGAAGAACAGAAAGAGAAAUGAACCAUGUCACAUGUCACAGAAUAUCAUGAACUUUUGUUUUUUUUUGGGAAGAAUGGUUUUUUACUAAAUUUAGAAAUUCAUGCCAUGUUUUCAUUAAAAAAUGUGAAACGAUUUACAUUCACAUUGCAAUACUGUGAAUUCAUUGUUAUUUGUGGGAAACCAAUUUUUAUGGAUUUCUUUGGUAGAGGUGAACAAUGAAUCAAAAUGUUAAGCUUGGUACACAUGAAAAUCAAUGCAUCCACAGUAGUAAAUACAACUAACAGUUUAAUUUUUGCAAGGUAAUUUCUACUGUAGCAAUUACAAUUGAUUAAAUAAUCUGAUAUUAUUAUCGGUUAUUAAUGAUUUGCAACUCUAUAAAUUUGAUUUUAUGAAAGAUAUAAGAACUUUGAAAAAUAAUGAGCAUCAUGGAAAUACGAACAAAAUGAAUGGGAAAACACUGAAUUUUUAUUUAUAUGAAAAACAAAUCAUGGAGAGCCUGUCCUACUGUUUUAUUAAAAUUUUCCCCAUGAUCUUAGCAACUACUUGUUGUAGCGUAAGACUAAAAUGUGAUGAUAUUGUAUGCUUUGUUAUGUGUAUAAUAUUUGUUUAGAAUUGUAAUUCUCCUGAAAUGGAAGAUAAUGCAGAUUUUUCAUUGCCGUUUUCAACUAGUUUCACUGUAUUGCCUUGGAAACUGAUUUUUGAUAUGAAAAAAAAUAGUUAUUGUGCAACUGCAAGUUAAUAUAGAAUUUUUGAGACAACAGCUUUUUAGUCUUUGAAAAUGCACUUGCAUAUUUUAAUGUUUGUCAAUGUUUCAGUCUGUUUUCUGUUGGGUAUCUUAAUGAGAGACUUUUAAUAUUUUUUUAUGGCCCCGCCUCGGCAGAGGGGGCAUUACGAUUUACCCUUCUCCUUUUGUAUGUCCCUCUGUCCAUACAUCCUAAAAUUAUUUUCCUUUCUCCAACUUUAGUUUGCCUCAAGUUCAACCAAAUAUUAUGAAACUUCUACAUAAUGCUUAUUAUCACCAAACACAGAUGAAGUUCAAAUUUGAGUUGCGUCACCUUCACUGUCUAGAGUUAUGACCCUUUGUUAUGUCCCUUUUUAAAUGAAAGAAAUUUUUAAAUUUGCCCUUUCCACUCUCUAACUUUAGUUUGCCUCAACCAAAUGUUAUGAAACUCUUACACAAUGCAUAUUACCUCCAAACACAGAUCAAGUUCAAAUUUAGUUAGUGUCACACUGUUAUCAAGUUUUGUCCCUUUGAAAAUUGAAAAUAUUUUGAUUUUGGCAUUUAUUUAUCUGUAUCCAUUCUUCAUUUAUUCUACCAUAUAAUGUAUGCAAAAGGUGUCUGUGAUAAUGUUUUGUGAUAUUAUUGGGAAUUGUACUAAAGGGAUCAUUUAUAGCUAGAGUAAAAUCUCAUCAUUAUCUGUAU